UCUUUCGCACCUCCUCACACAUCAAUUCCACCAUCCCAUAAUAACAAACAAAUACUUACAUUCAGUAUCCUGAUAACUCAAUUCAUCACUUCAUAUCCUUCUAAUUACUCAAUCCCAACUCAAUCAACAAUCCCUCAAUCCCCAAACUCAAUCAAAAUGCUCCUCAAACGCAAGCGCUCCGACUCCGAGAUCUCCAGCCAGAGCUUCUCCAUGUCUCCCAGCCCAACACAACACAUGGCCUCCUCACCCUACCCAUCCCAAUUCAACCACGAAAUCACCCCCCUCCACCUCUCCAGCCGAACCCGAAAGCGCGUUCGCGACAACCGUCCCUCAGAGCACCAGAUCCAUGAAAACACACUCAACCUCCUCUUCUCGGCUCAAAAACAACACCACCAACAGCAACAAGCCGAACCCACAUUCCCCCAGCAAGAACCUACGAUGGCCAUGUCUCCCCCGCCCCAGCAGCAAUCCUCACUGCACUCCUUCUGGGCCCUCCCCGCGCGCCGCGACUCCAGCGUCCAUUCCACCACCCCCUCAGCAGCAGCGCCGUGUUUCCAGGAGACGAACUGCGAGGACUGCGAUGUGGUGCUUGUUAAUGGGGAUGGCGAUUCGAUGGAGAUGGAUAUCGAUGUUGAUAUGUACGGUGGCGUCGGGGCGGACGGGUUUGCGUGCUCGCAGUGUAGGAGGCAGGUGUGUCAUGGGUGUGCGGUGUCGAAUUUGGGGGUGCAGAGGAGGUGUCUUGGUUGUUGA